AUGCACGGACCGUGGAAGUACAUCUACAACGCCGAUGAGCGCAAGGUUAAAGAGAGUGGGGCUCAGGGCUCCACCUUGAGGCUUGUUCCAAAAGGGUCCUUGGACAAGCGAUGUUGCAACUCUGCUGGCGGGUUUAUCGACGGCAGCACUGGCCACUCGUCAGUGACCUUCCGUCACCGGCUUGAUGAGAAUCGGAAAGUCACUUUUCGGGCACAGCAGGCUUUUCGGGCACAGCAGUGGCAGUGGACGGCACGCAGCAUCGCUUCUCACCUGCUACCACGUGACGGACCUGAGGACGGCGGACAUAAAAAGGACAGGCGGAUCCUGGAUUCUUCGCUUUUCGGGCACAGCAGUGGCAGUGGACGGCACGCAGCAUCGCUUCUCACGUACUUGCUUUGCCACUGUUGCAGAUUUGGUUUUCCGGAAACAGUGGUGUCCGACAACGGAAGCCUAUUAUUCUCUGAACAAUUCCAAGUCUACCUCGAGCAAAGGAGUAUAAGACACCUACGGACCGCACCGUAUCACGCAAGCAGCAACGGUUUGGCGGAACGUUUUGACCAAACCUUGAAGGCAGUGUUUCGAAAGACCAAUCGGAGGAUAGCGACUGCGGAACUAGCAGAUUUCUGGUUGGCGUAUCGUAAUACGUCUCAUGCUACGACAGGGGAAGCUCCUUCCACCUUGCUCCUGGGACGGCGCCUACGGACCAGACUAGACCAGGUGCGACCAUCGGUCGAGAACAAAGUGUCACAGCGCCAAUUUCAUCAGACAAGGCGCCACCCACGUCGUGAGAAAAUAUUUGGAGUAGGUGAUGAUGUUCGGGUGGGCAACUUCCGACUGGGACCAAAGUGGCUCUGUGCAACAGUUCUCGCCCGUACGGAACCUGUGUCAUACCGUUUAAGUGUAGUGACUCCACCUGGUGCUUUCCAGUGGGUGCGUCACCAAAACCACAUCCUCAAGGAUAACACCAACACCACGGAGUUCAAUCUACCCUUCGUGAGAAGCCAUCAAGAAUCCCCGGUACAGGUCCCAGCUGCCGACUCUUCGACUGGUAACGACAGGGCGGCGAUCAUUCAGCGCGAACCGAUGGCGCCUUUAAACUCUGCUAACGAACAUCGUUACUCACAGAGACAGCGCCACCCACCUGAGCGCUGUGUGCCAUAA